AUGGGCGCCGCAACUCGUAUUGCUGGAAAAGUAGCCCACCUUCAUAAAUUUACUCGACCAGGUCGCCCGAUUUCAGCGGUAGAGUUCUCAAAAGUCUGGAAUGGAAUAUGGCUCAAAUCACUGGAAUCUGGCGUGGAUGCCAACCGAAGGCCUACAAUUGGUUUGGCGAUUAGUGGCGGAGUAGAUUCUAUGGCUCUUGCUUUCCUAUGCUCUAGCAUGAAGGAGAGACUUUCGGUUGAGAAUAGAGUAGUAGACUUUCGAGCUUUUGUGGUCGACCACGGAGUUAGGGAUGGAAGUGAUAUUGAAGCGCAGGCCGUAUCGAAAAGUUUAGAAAAGAGAGGUAUUCCAACUCAAGUCCUGAAAUUAGAAUGGCCGUCAUCUCUUCACACAUCAGGACUACCAAACUUUGAAUCUUCAGCUAGAAAGUAUCGAUUCCGUACGCUUGGGAAAGCAUGUAGCGAGUGGGGAAUCAAUUCGUUAUUUCUGGCUCAUCAUGAGGAUGACCAGGUUGAGACCAUAAUGAUGAGAUUGAUGGAUGGUCACAGGAUGGGUCUCACAGGUAUUAAGGAUCAUUCAGAAAUCCCUGAGUGUUAUGGUAUCCAUGGAGUUCAUGAGAGUGGCGGUCUCGAGAUUAAAGCCAGAGAAGAGCUCAUCAAGCACCAAACCACCUGUCAUGAAAACACGACUCCUCUCAGAGAUCAUCCCAUCGAAGAGUGGAGUCCACAGCUUACCCCCGAGACUGGAGGCGUGAGAGUCUACAGGCCUUUACUAGGAUUCAGUAAAGCGCGGCUAAUAGCAACAUGCAAAGAGAACAACGUGGAAUGGUUUGAAGACGACACCAACAAGGACCGAACUCUCACCAAGAGGAACGCGAUUAGACACAUGCGAGCUAGCUACUCCCUACCGAAAGCUUUGAGCAAACAGUCUCUGCUCGCACUAUCUACGAGUAUGAAGCAACAAGAACAGAGACGACGAGAUGUACUCGAAGAAUGGCUUUCCAAAUGUUGUAUCACCUCAGUGGAUCUUCAGGUGGGUACUGUGGAAGUCAAAUUCGCGGACUUGAACCAAUUUAGAGAGAUUCCGUCAUGGCCAGGGGAGAAAGCGGGCCAAAUAGCAGCGGAGCUGCUUAGGAGGAUCAUUAUGCUCGUGACGCCUCAUGAGCAUGUCUCCAUCUCAUCUCUCCAUGGCGCAGUGAGCCGUCUGUUCCCCGAGCUCUCAGGAGAUGAACCCCGAUCAGGGUCAUUCACAGUAUGUGGGGUAUACUUCCAACCUGUUCAACAUGAUGCCUUUGAUAGAGAGUCCCUCGAGCACGACCUCAAACCUACUUGGCACAUCUCCCGUCAACCUUUCGGAAGCAACGAGCUCACCAAACAUGUUCUCGCCUUUCCACCCACCCUAUCGCCUCUCUGGUCACCGUGGCAGCUCUUCGACGGCCGAUACUGGAUCCGAAUCAAGAAUGCCUCCUCUUCAAUCGCACUGAUCCAACCGCUAUCGUCCGCUCGAUGGCCAAAGUUCAAAGCAGAGCUCGGCCAGCAGCGUAACAGGGCGCUGAAGAUCGUGAAGGGGAAAGCGGCUGGAGGUGUACGGUACACUCUACCUUCUCUUGUGCUUCGAAGCAAGGUCACGAGUUCCAAAGAGGAGGAUCGUGCAGUAGCUUUGCCGACGUUAGGGAUCUCUCUUGCGGAGAUCGAAGAGCUGAAGGAGGUCGAGUUUGAGGUGCGGUACAAGAAAAUUCAUACGGCUGGUUUGCCGAUGGUAGAUGAGAAGUCUACUUUCUUACAGUAA